CAUGUACGACUACACACGCUGAUUUCUAAUGGGACUAGUAAUAUUCAACAAAUUGUCGCGUAUUGUUGUUAUUUAUUUAUUGAAUGUUUGUGAUUUUUAACUAAUGUUGUGGCCUGUGUUGUUGUUUAAUAAAUGAAGUGGACGAGUCAAAUAUUAACGGCUCUAAAGAAAAAUAAAAUGAUUAUUUGUGUGUACGUCUGAUUAUACGAAAAACCGGUUUUGAUACAAGUUUUCUGUGAAAUAAAACUGAGAACGACUUUGUUUACAAUGGCGUUUUCAAUAAAUAAACUUAAAAAUAUUUUGAAUAUAAAUAAGGACAGUCAGUUAGCGGGUAGUGGCAGUUUGCACCCGGAAAUAGGUUUCAAAUUAGCAUUACAUCCAGUUAAUAAAAAUUUGUACGUGACUGUUAUCGGCGCCCGGCAUCUGCCAUCCUUGUUUGGACUCAGUCGAGCUCAUGGCUACCUCGUUAAGGUCAAAAUGUUUCCUGGUGAUAAUAAGUAUGAAACAUCGUUACAAGAAAGUUCAUGGCCUAUUUGGAACGAAGAUUUUAAAUUUCAAAUAAAACAAAAGGAUGUUAAGAAAACAACGGACAAAAUUGACCUUCAAGGUUUAGUCGCUGGUCAUUUUUUAUCACUAACUAUUUAUGCAUUAUUGGAACCAACAAAAGCCGAUGUGGACAGAAGAAAAAGUGCCAAAACUUUAGAUUCGAAGCCCUCUAAACUAAUGAGUGAAGAAGAACAAAAGACAAAACCUGGUAAUCUAUUUGGAAAAACAUUUAAUAGUUUUAAAUCUACAAAGACUGAAGCGAUUGCACAAAAGUCUAUAUUAGAAAAAAGAAGGACUGUAGGAGCAGCAACAUGGAAUUUCGAUUCGAAAUUGUUUCAAAACGAUCUCAAGAAUGGUUUAAUUGGCACUCCUGAUAUUUGGAGGCCUAUAAAUGCGAUUGCUAGCGGAUUGUCAGCCGCAGAUUCUAGAAGGGAAAACAAGAAAGGUCAGCUGGAAGUGACGUUGCUAUACACGGCGAGUGAAGACGGACUAAAUGAUACGGUGCAGUUAACUGUAAACAGGCUCAGGUGUUCAGUCCAAACUAUGCAAGAGCAAGAACAAUACAAAGCUCCCUUGUAUCUGAAAGCGACUAUAUUAGAAGCUAAUAAAGCGGAAUGCUAUUGGAAAAGUGAUAGAUUUGUCCCAACAAUAUCCGCCAGAUGGGAUCCGAAGUCGGCAACGGUGAAGUUAACUGUUUUCAAAGCUAGUUUGAAUAAAGUUAGCAUUUAUAUCAGUCUCGGGUGCAAGACUAAAAUGGCGAAGAAGGAAAUGUUAGGGAAGGCCCAUAUUGAUGAGAAAUCGCCUUACUCGGACAGUUGGAGUGAAUGUUUGAGGCAGCCGGGGAUACCUAAAACGUUUUGGGUCAACUUUGAGUGAUUUAAUAUCCUUCAAAUCAAAGUUACUAAUAUAUUUGAACUUUAUAGUAAAACAAACGACUUUGUACAUCUAACGGUAAGGCUUAAUUUACACAAUGAUCCGAUUUAGAGGUUCGUUUUGUCGUUUACGUUUUUUUUCGAAGGUGGCGUAUGAGCGAAUGAAUGAAUGAUAGCGAACGAGUUCAGUAAAAAAAAUACCGAUAUAUACAGCUGUCCGUUUUAUCGGAUACGUUUUUAUUCGGCGACGGCGUAUAUGGUUUUAGGAUCGAGACUUAUAUGUGAAUAUAAUCUUUAGUAGCGACGGACUUUAAAAAUGAUCAUGAAAAUACGGACGUCCUGUGUGAAUGUGCACUUAAGUUCUAUCCGUGUGUGGAUUGCUUGGAAUUUAAUGUAAUUUUAAAGAUGUGGAAAAAAAUGUGUAUCUACAUUAUGUUUCUAAGUUCGGUUAUUGUAACGUUAUAAAAAAGUAAUGUUUAAAAGUAUUGACAAUAUAAAUUUAGAAUAUAUAGCCUGAUAUUUUUAUACUUUUUACGGUUACUAUUAUAUAAAGUAGCUAAUAAUUACAAAAUUAUUAUAUGUGAUAUAAAUAUUUAAAUUAUAAUUGACUAACUAUAAACUUAACAUUACACUAACUAUAAACUUGUUAUUAUAAUUUUCUGCAGCUAUUUUUCCUUUAAUAAAUAAAAUCUAUUUGUUUGUAUGCUUGUAUUACAAAAUAAAAU